AUGCAACAAUCAUUAGUUGAACUUUAUUUACUUGAUCUAACAGUUAUUUAUCAACAUGAUUUUGUUUUUCUUCAACAACUUGCUAUUCAUUUACGUACAACUAUUCAUACGAAAAAAACUAGAUUACGAGGAGGUGCUUUAAUGUUGAAUUUUAUUAAAUCGAUACGCAGAAUUAAUGCAAUAUGGAAUAUUACAGAAGAUAAUUCAUUUACUGAUGCUGGUAUUAUUUAUCGACCUGAUGUUGGUUUUUGUCUUGUAAUUAAACAAGGAUUUAAUAUUAUGAUAGGUAAACGUGAUGAUGAAAAAAUCCCAAUUCACUGUGGUACACUAGUAUAUGUACUUGAAUCAAAUGAAAAAACUUUUCAAGAUAGUAUUUUCUAUGAACAACAAAUCAGUGACCAUUGUCAAGGUAGUUUUUUAAGAAAUCUAUAUUCGAAAGUACCUGUUUCUUUAAAUUGUAGAUGA